AUGAAGGAAGCCACGGGGAAAUUCUCGUCCGUUCCGCUGUGCCACCGCGUUAACGGGCACAUCCACCUGAAACUCGCGAACAUGAUCGAGGAUGCUUCCACGAAGCUGCGCCAUCUACGCACCGCGUUAGAAUCCGCGCUUAAAGCCACGGAACUCUCUCCGAACUCCGUCGAAUACUCCCAUUUCUACGCGCAGCUUCUCUUCGAAGCGGCCGACGGGCGUGACUAUAGCGAAGUGCUGCGCGAGUGCGAGCGCGGGCUAGGGAUCGAAUCGCCGGUGGAUCCGGCGAAGGAGAGCCUCCAGGAGGAGAGUCAGCAGGAGCUGGCGACGCCGGCGGAGCGCGUGACGCACGUGCAGAACGAGCUGCGCGGGUUGCAGCAGGAGGCGAACAUCGCGGCGUUCAAGAACAUCUGGCGGAGCUUCGGCAACGGCGCGGACGAGCGAUUUAAGGUCAUGCAGUCGUGUAAAGUUCGAGGUGAAGAAGAUCUCAGACAACCCCUUCGAGCCGCGCUCAUCGCUGCCGCCGCGCCGCAUCCACAAGACGCUGGAGGAGCGCCGUCAGGAGAUCGAGGUGCGGGUCACUGCCGCGCGCCUGCUGCAGGAGCAGGGGCAGGGGCAGGGGCAGGGGCAGCAGCAGACGGAUCAGGAGCCGGAGCUUCUGCGUCCGCUUCGGAUGCUGCACCUGGCUGCGCUUCCUCUUCCGCGGAGGAGGAGAAUGCAGGGGUGAAGGACGCGGGUGGGGGGAAGAGGCGGGGGGGACAGGACGGGGCGAAGCUGCUGGGGGAGGUAUUGGCGGGGAGGCUCGAGGCGGGGGCGCAAUUGGCUAUAGAGGGGAAGGUGGAGAAGGCGCUUGGGCAGGAGGAGAAGUCUAAGAUUCUGGAGAUUCAGAAGGCUGACGUGUGCGAUGGCCUUGCCAGAGGGGGAGGGGAGGGAGAAACGGAGGGAGAAAGGGAGGGAGCAGAGGAGGGAGCAAGAGAGGGAGCAGAGGAAGGAGCGGAGAAGAUAGUAGGAGUGGGAGUAGAGGAGGGAGGUGUGGAUAUUGAAAAGAGAGUGGCCGCUGCUCUAGGCGAGACAAAGGGUGGCAGUGAGGAGGAAAAGAAGGGAAUUAUUAUAUGGGAUUUUGGAUUAUCAAAAGAAACAGACGAGGAGGAAGGUGAGGUGGAAGGUAAGGAGGUGGGUUGUGGCAGGGAUGGAGAGGAUGAGGAGGAGGAAGAAGAGGAAGAAGAGGAGGAGGACGAGGAGGAGGAAGUAGAGGAGGUAUGUGAUAACAAGUCGGGAGCUGAGGAAGGGUGGAUGGCUCAGGAAGGAGAUCCUUCUCGGAUCGAACUGCAAGAGGAUGACAAGGAAAGAACGAGUGAGCAUGAGGUGGCGAGGAUGCAGGAUGAACAGAGAAGUUAA